UCGCCUCGGGGGCGAUAGUGCGACCGCGGCCGGCUGGGCAGGCCGGUGGACAGGCGAGAGAACCAGCACAGCGGGAGGACCGGCCAAAGGAGAAGACCCAGAGCCUUAGGGAUGUGACCGCGGCCAGAGAAGGACUCGCACCAACCCGCCGAGGCGGACCCGGGCAUUCGCAGGUCCUUCUCCCAAACACCUAUCCCUCAGCCUCGCCUCGCCAUGGCACUGUGCCUGAAGCAGGUGUUCGCCAAGGACAAGACGUUCCGGCCGCGGAAGCGCUUUGAGCCGGGCACACAGCGCUUUGAGCUGUAUAAGAAGGCACAGGCAUCGCUCAAGUCGGGCCUGGACCUGCGCAGUGUGGUGAGGCUGCCGCCGGGCGAGAAUAUCGACGACUGGAUCGCGGUGCACGUGGUGGACUUCUUCAACCGCAUCAACCUCAUCUAUGGCACCAUGGCUGAGCGCUGCAGCGAGACCAGCUGCCCGGUGAUGGCCGGAGGUCCCCGCUACGAGUACCGCUGGCAGGACGAACGCCAGUACCGGCGGCCGGCCAAGCUCUCGGCGCCGCGCUACAUGGCCUUGCUCAUGGACUGGAUCGAGGGCCUCAUCAACGAUGAGGAUGUCUUUCCCACUCGCGUUGGAGUUCCCUUUCCCAAGAACUUCCAGCAGGUCUGCACCAAGAUCUUGACCCGCCUCUUUCGCGUCUUUGUCCAUGUCUACAUCCACCACUUCGACAGCAUCCUCAGCAUGGGGGCCGAGGCGCACGUCAACACCUGCUACAAGCACUUCUACUACUUCAUCCGGGAGUUCAGCCUGGUGGACCAGCGGGAGCUGGAGCCACUGAGGGAGAUGACAGAGCGGAUCUGUCACUGAGCCCAGUCCUGGACAUUGUUGCUGGUCAGAUGAUCGUCUGAACAUAGAGCGGCUAGGGGAAGGGACCCUCAGGAGUCUGGUGGCAGAUGAACCUGAAGGCCCUGGGACCCCUCCACACACCCAAAGCCCCUGGACUUCUUGGUUCUCAGGAGUCUGCCCACAUGUCCCCUGACUGCUUGUGAAUGGAGAAGGGGGCGAUUUAAAUGUGGGCAAACGGAAGGAAAGGAAAAGCUAAACCUCCAACAUGAAGUCUGGGAGACCCUUCCAUGGUGGUUCCCAAGCCUAUCUGGGCAAUGUGGAUGUGGCUGAGGUGCUGGCAAGAAAGAUACAAGAGAGGGAGCAGCCUCUGUGUGAGUGAGCACUGUGUGUAUAAGAGAGUUUGACCGUGGGUGUGUCUGUGAGAGCUAGCCACUUUAGACCCGCCCUGGCACAUAGUAGGACCUCAUAAAUGUUAUGCAAACGAAUGGAUGGAAGGAACAAAGAGGUAAGGGAGGGAGGGGCAGAGAGAUUGGGGCCAUCAGACCAUGACCACUGUAGGAGUGAUGACGGUUCACUGUCCCUACUUGAUGUGUCCGACGAUGUGUGUAAGUGUACAAAAUGUGGUUGUAGAUGGAUGUAGUUCUAUGUUUGAACCGUCUAGAUUACCUUCUUCCAUCAGCAUGAAUUCUGGAGAGCUGUGGGGAGGUAGGAAGGGGAGAUUUGCCCUGGGUACCUAAAUCCCUGGCCCAUCACAGACAGGUUCUGAUUGUUCAGCCAGAGAUGCGUAUCAGCUAUAAUUUCCCUCAGUCCUCUGUCUCCAGAAAGGCCUGAUUAUAGACAGCCUCCUGGGGGUUGAGGGUAAUCCCUCAUGUCCAAAUGGUCCUCUGGGGCUUAAAUUGGGAAUUACGUACUCCAAUCUAGCUCCUAGAAUCUAUAGACUUGGUUCCCAGGAUCUGAAGCCCAGCACAGGAUAAUUGUCCAACCCAAGAAUCUAGAGGAACUUGAAUUGGGAAACUUUGUCUCCCAUCCCCGGACAUUGAGGACCACGUGGCUAGUGAAUGGACUCUUCUAGGCUUGGAGAGCACCCAUAAGUACUUGCCUCCUUCCCAACCAUCCUGAAACAUUCCAACUGGUUGACUCUCAGAGCAUAGCUAUUCAAAGAGAAACUGGGAUGUUCAUUCACUCCUCCAUUACUCAGCACCCCAUGCCCAGCCUUGUGCCUAGACCCAU